UCACUGAGGACAUUAACAUUAUAUAACUUUAAUACAAGUUAUUCAUUUGGUAUUAAGGACCCUGUGAUGGAAAAGGACAACUCGGUCGUGUCUAGACUGGGAAGAAUGAAGGAGACCUUUGAGAAAGAGGGUCUUCGAAAGACUGUCGAAGCCAUAAUCAUAGUACACAAUCAUAAUCAUCCACAUAUCCUUCUACUCAAGAUUGCCAAUACAUUCUUUAAGCUACCCGGUGGCAAACUGAAGCCAGGUGAGAACGAGGUAGAAGGAUUGAUAAGGAAGUUGACAAAGAAGUUAUCACCUCUUGGUACAGCAGAAGCAGAUUCUCCAUGGGAGGUUGGUGAGAAUAUAGCAACUUGGUGGCGACCAAACUUUGAACAAGUCUUGUAUCCAUACACUCCGCCUCAUAUAUCCAAGCCAAAGGAAUGCAAGAAGCUCUACGUAGUUACCCUUCCAGAAAAAUGUACAUUCGCAGUUCCAUCCAACCUUGAACUCAUAGCAGUUCCUUUAUUCGAAAUAUUUAACAAUUCACAAAGAUAUGGAGCGAUCAUAUCAAGUAUUCCUCAACUCAUUAGCAAGUUCCAUUAUGUCUACUUAUCACUUGAU